AUGCUCUUCGAUCCAUCCCUAGACUCGCUAUCGCAGCCAGAUAUACAUCCGGUACAUGGUGCACAACAAGACCGGGGUUUCGCGGUUGGCAGCCAGCCCAUUCUUCAUACCUCAUAUGAGUUCUUCUUAUUGAUUGCCGAUGCUACGAAGCUCGCUCGCCUCGCUCGACCACUCGCAGACCUCGAAAUCGACAACUGGAAGCUCCUGGAAAAUCAAAUCAUGCAAUGGACUGAAGUGAUGAGAAACAAUGACGAUAUAACUGCUGACUUAUAUAUUCUUGUCCUUUGGGUCUUGCUUUUCAAGUCACAUCCAUACUUACCACCAGAUGAGAUUGAUUGGGAAAUCGGUGACUUUGUUACCAGAAGUAUCGCAUUACUACCUCUAGUCGACCGAAACCGUUAUUUUACGAGCUCUCUGGUUUGGCCGCUCGCUAUCCUGGGCUCGGUUGCUAUUCUCCCGUGUGAGAGACUAGCUGUGCAAAAUUUUAUGUCCCUUCUUAUUGCAACGUCAUUGGGUGGGCAAGCAGUAUGGAUUCUUAGAAGGUUAGAAGACAUCUGGUCUACUCAUUCCAAGUUGGAUUCUAUUCCCUCUUUUCAGUGGAGAACGCUGGGCCUCCAGGCCCUUCUUGAUGGUAACAAGGAGAUGGCCGGGCAUGACUAG